CAAGAUGGCUCCUCAUAUAAAACCAGCCUUUUGGCUUCUCUUUUGUGAUCAACAAAAUUACUUUUUACUACUUAUAAGGUUAAAAUACCUAUUCGCACGUAGUUCUGAAGGUUGAUUUUUGCUACAGGACUAUAUAAGGUUGGAUUCUGGUGACUUGUCGUAGAUUAAGUUUGUGGGGAAAGAAGAGCACCGAUUUCAAGCCAUGUAUUGAGGCAACCAGUUCUCGAGUGUUGUUUCAGAUGGUGCGUGAUACAUCAGGGCCUUGUCUCUCGGACGUGCUACAAAGCUUCGGACACUUCUGAUCAGACAUCUAGUCUAAGCAAAACUUUGCGAAAUUCAUGUUGCCUGUGUGCUUAUACCCGGAUAUUCUGAAAUCAUUAUUCAAGCUCUAAGUCGUCGUCAUGGCCGUAUCAAGGCUUGAACGUCUGUUCAUUCUGCUGGACACUGGAACGACUCCAGUGACCAGGAAAGCCGCCGCGCAGCAGCUUGGCGACGUGGUCAGGCUUCAUCCCCAUGAGCUGAACAACCUCCUUGCCAAGGUUCUGACAUAUCUCAGGAGUCCGAAUUGGGACACACGGAUCGCAGCGGGCCAGGCGGUGGAGGCGAUUGUGAAGAAUAUUCCGGAAUGGAAUCCUCCGCCCAAGCCUAAAGAAGAGGGCGAUAAGGAACUAGCGAGGGACGACUGCUCAUCCGAUCGGCUGAGCUUCUACAGGUUCGACAUCUCACGUCUCCUCCGCCACGGGGCCUCCCUACUGGGAUCCGCAGGGGCCGAGUUUGACGUCCAGGAUGAUGAAUUGGAUGAGGUGGACCCUAAGGAGCGGCUGGCUCGCCAGAGGAAACGGCUCCAGAAGAAGCUGGGUCUGGACAUGGGUGCCGCCAUCGGCAUGGAUACAGAGGAGCUGUUUAACGACGAGGACCUGGACUACAGCUGCUGUCCUCCCGGCUCCACCGCCAGCACCACCACCACCACAUCUGCCUCCACCACACCCCCGGGCUCCAACAGAGGCCCCGGGGCCAAGGGCCCGGCCUGGCCGGCCUCACGCAACCACGUGCCCAUGCAGGCGGCUGAGUUGAUCGACUCAGAGUUCCGGCCAGGCAUGAGCAAUCGGCAGAGGAACAAGGCCAAGCGGAUGGCAAAGCUGGUGGCCAAGCAGAGAUCGAGAGACAUGGACCCCAACGAGAAAAGUAACGAUAGCUGUGAAGGGGAACCGGAGGAGAAACGGCGGAAAACCACCAACGUUGUCAUCGAGCAGCCUGCCACGGACAGCAAAGUCCUCAUCGACAAUGUCCCAGACACGUCCAGCCUGUAUGAAGAGACGCAAGAGUGGCCCCUUGAAAGCUUCUGUGAGGAGCUGUGCAAUGACCUCUUUAACCCCUCAUGGGAGGUCCGCCACGGAGCCGGCACGGGCCUCAGGGAGGUGCUCAAGUGUCACAGCGCCGGAGGGGGCAAGAUGGUGGGCAGCACUGCGGAACAGAUGUUGCAACAGCACCAGGAGUGGCUUGAGGAUGUGGUCAUACGUCUGCUCUGCGUCUUCGCCCUCGACCGCUUCGGAGACUUUGUAUCAGAUGAGGUGGUGGCGCCAGUGAGGGAGACGUGUGCCCAGACGCUAGGCGUGGCCCUGCGCCACAUGACAGACAAGGGCGUGGCCAUGACUGUGGACAUCCUCCUCAAGCUGCUGACGGAAAACCAGUGGGAGGUCAGGCACGGCGGCCUGCUGGGGAUUAAGUACGCGCUCGCCGUACGACAGGACCUGAUCUCAGACCUGCUGCCGAGGGUGCUGCCCGCCAUCACAGAGGGGCUGCAGGACCUGGACGAUGACGUCAGAGCAGUGGCCGCCGCCGCCCUCAUCCCUGUAGUGGACGGACUCGUACAGCUGCAGCUGUCCAAAGUGCCCUUCAUUGUGAGUAUCCUGUGGGAUGCCCUGCUGGAGUUGGAUGACCUGACCGCCUCCACCAAUAGCAUCAUGACACUCUUGUCUUCCCUGCUCACCUACCCACAAGUCAGAGAGUGCAACAUGCAACAGUCCCUGACAGUGCUGGUGCCACGCGUCUGGCCUUUCCUGCGACACACCAUCUCAUCCGUACGCAAAGCUGCCCUGGAGACGCUCUUCACACUGCUGUCCAAAGCUGACCAGAAUUGUGCGGUGUGGCUGAACCCCAUCCUGCAGGACAUGCUGAGGCAUAUAUUCCAGUCCUGCAUCCUGGAGAGCAACCAGGAGAUCCUGGACCUCAUUCAGAAGGUGUGGGCGGAGCUUCUGAAGCAGGCCCUGCCACAGUACGUGGUGGCGGCCAGUUGUCCGUGGAUGGGGGCGUGGCUAUGCCUGAUGAUGCAGGCCUCGCACAUCCCCAUAGACCUCAACAUGCUGCUGGAGGUCAAGGCAAGGUCGAAGGAAAAGGCGAGCGGUAAGCCUCGUGCUCAGGUGGUAGGUCAGGUUGUCAAGGAGACCGUGCAGGAGUACAUCGCCGGGGCGGAGACGGUUACUGAGGACCACGCCACCCGUGACUACAUGGUGAUGAGGGCACGCCUCAUGGCAGCCAAGCUGUUGGGGGCGCUGUGCCGCUGCAUCUGUGACCCGCGCAUCAACAGCAGCCCUCAGGAGAUCCGGCCGGCCGAGUCCCUGGCCCAGCUGCUGCUCUUCCACCUCAACUCCAAGUCCGCCCUGCAGCGCAUCGCCGUCUCCAUGGUGCUGUGCGAGUGGGCCGCCGACCAGAAGGAGAGUGAGUUGGUGUCUGGGUUGGUUCAGCCGCGGCUGCUGGCCAUCCUGUCGGAGCAGCUGUACUACGAUGAGAUCGCCAUCCCCUUCACGCGCAUGCAGACAGAGUGCAAGCAGCUGAUCGCCCUGCUGGCGGACUCGGGCCUCACCGUGCACGAGAGGUUCACCUGCACCGUGCUCACCAUCGACCAGGCAAACGAACUGGUGACGACGGUGUUUGCGGACGUGACGGCGGGCGUCAACCUGCGCUCCAAGGCGUUUGCGCCGCUGGAGGCCAAGCACCAGCAGGCGGCGUCGGCCGUGACGGAGGCGGGCAGCGAGUGGCAGCGGCUGCAGCUGCGCGUCCACACCUUCUGCGCCUGCGCGGCCGUGGGGCUGGGGGAGCUGCCCGAAAGGCUCAACCCUCUCGUCAGGCCUCUCAUGGAGGCCGCACGCCGUGAGGAGAACACACUGGUGCAGGGUCACGCGGCGACCGCCAUCGCCCGUCUGCUGCAGAGGUGCGCUGCCCGCACACCCUGCCCCAACUCCAAGGUGCUGCGCAACCUGUGCUCCUCCCUCUGCGUGGACCCCCUGCUCACGCCCAACUCGGCCUGCCCCGUACCCCCGCCCAGCACCCCAGGACACGGCAACGGCAGCUCCGAGGGAGGCAGAGGCAGCUCAUCGGAGAAGGAUGCACAGCACAUGGUGACUAAGACCAAGGGCAUCAUCACUCUCUACCUGCACCAGAAGGCUGCCUUCGCGGUCACCAGCAAACGGGGCCCUGCACCCCGGCCCCCCAAAAACCUCUCCGGAGACGUGGCCCCCAACCACUCCGUCUCCUUGGAGACAGAUGAGGGCAAGAAGCCAAGCUUGAUCCAGCGGAGAGGGGCCGAGUUUUCCCUGACGACAGUUGCCAAGCACUUUGGAGCGGAGUUGACUGCGUCGUUGCCCUUCUUGUGGGAGUUCAUGGUUGGCCCACUCAAAGCUGUAGCGGAGGCGGGAGAGGGACUGGAUGGUGCCUCGUUGCUGGAGAAGGGAGACACGGUGGCCCAGGACCUGGUGAACUCCCUGCAGGUGCUGGAGGUGGUGGCAGGGGCCAUGGCUACCAGGCUCAUCCCCCUGCUCCUGGAGCAGCUGGGUCUGCUCUGCGUGUGUCUGCAGCACCCCUACACGGCGGUGCGUCACAUGGCGGCGCGCUGCGUGGGCGUCCUCAGCAAGAUCGCUACCAUGGAGACCAUGAGCGUGUUCCUGGAGCGCGUGCUGCCCUGGCUGGGGGCCAUCGACAACAGCACCAAGCAGGAGGGCGCCAUCGAAGCCCUGGCCUGUGUGAUGGAGCAGCUGGAUGUGGACAUCGUGCCCUACAUCGUGCUGCUGGUGGUACCCGUGCUCGGGCGCAUGAGUGACCCCAGCGACAGCGUCCGCUUCAUGGCCACGCAGUGCUUCGCCACCCUCAUCAGACUACUGCCACUGGAGGCUGGGAUCCCAGACCCACCUACCAUGUCGGACGAGCUGAUUCGCCAGAAGGCUCGUGAGAGGCGCUUCCUAGAGCAGCUAUUGGACAGCAGGAAGCUGGAGAACUACAAAAUCCCCGUGCCCAUCAAGGCCGAACUCAGGAAGUACCAGCAGGAUGGUGUGAACUGGCUGUCCUUCCUGAAUAAGUACAAGCUGCACGGCAUCCUGUGUGACGACAUGGGCCUGGGCAAGACCCUGCAGUCCAUCUGCAUCCUAGCAGGAGACCACUACCUCAGGGCUCAGGAGUAUGCCAAGUCUAAGGCUGCGGACUCUGCUCCGCUGCCCUCCAUCGUGGUGUGCCCCCCCACGCUGACGGGCCACUGGGUGGACGAGGUGGGCAAGUUCUGCACCAAGGAGUACCUGAACCCGCUGCACUACACUGGACCGCCCACCGAGCGAGCACGGUUACAACACCAGGUGAAGAAGCACAACCUGGUAGUAGCGUCUUACGAUGUUGUGAGGAAUGACAUCGACUUCUUCAGGAAUAUAAAGUUCAACUACUGCAUCCUGGACGAGGGCCACGUGAUCAAGAACGGCAAGACCAAGCUCUCCAAGGCCAUCAAGCAGAUCGCCGCCAACUUCCGCGUCAUCCUGUCUGGAACGCCCAUCCAGAACAACGUUCUGGAGCUGUGGUCACUCUUCGACUUCCUCAUGCCCGGGUUCCUGGGCACGGAGCGCCAGUUUGCUGCCCGCUACGGGAAGCCCAUCCUGGCUAGCCGCGACGCCAAGAGCUCCUCUCGAGAGCAGGAAGCUGGAGUGUUGGCCAUGGAGGCUCUUCAUCGGCAGGUGCUUCCUUUCCUGCUGAGGAGGAUGAAGGAGGACGUGCUGCAGGACCUGCCGCCCAAGAUCAUCCAGGACUACUACUGCAACCUCAGCCCCCUACAGGUCCAGCUGUACGAGGACUUUGCGAAGUCCCGGGCCAAGGUGAGCGUGGACGACACCAUCUCCACGGGGUCACUGCACGAGGACGAGGACAAACCCAAGCUGAAGGCCACGGGACACGUCUUCCAGGCGCUGCAGUACCUGCGUAAGCUGUGUAACCACCCGGCGUUGGUGUUGACUCCUCAGCACCCUGAGCACCGCCGCAUCAGCGACCAGCUCUCAGCCCAGAACUCCAGCCUCAGGGACAUCCAGCACGCCCCCAAACUCUCUGCCCUCAAACAGCUGCUGCUAGACUGUGGUCUGGGUGGUGGGGUGGGUGCGGAGGGUGCUACGGAGGCGGUGGUGGGGCAGCACCGGGUGCUGAUCUUCUGCCAGCUGAAGAGCAUGCUGGACAUCGUGGAGCAGGACCUGCUCAAGCCACAGCUGCCCACCGUCACAUACAUGCGGCUGGACGGCAGCGUGCCGGCGGGACAGAGGCACUCCAUAGUCUCCAGGUUCAACAACGACCCGUCCAUUGACGUGCUGCUGCUGACGACCCAUGUUGGCGGGCUGGGUCUGAACCUGACGGGGGCCGACACCGUGGUGUUCGUGGAGCACGACUGGAACCCCAUGCGGGACCUGCAGGCCAUGGACCGCGCUCACAGGAUAGGACAGAAACGCGUGGUGAAUGUGUAUCGCCUGAUCACGCGGGGCACUCUGGAGGAGAAGAUCAUGGGCCUGCAGAAGUUCAAGAUGAGCAUCGCCAACACCGUCAUCAGCCAGGAGAACGCCAGCAUGCAGAGCAUGGGCACCGACCAGCUGCUCAACCUCUUCACACUAGACAAGGAUGAGAAGAUUGAUCGUGGGGAGUCUUCGUCCUCCUCUUCCUCUGAGAAGGCUUCCAUGAAGUCGGUUCUGGACGGGCUGGGAGACCUGUGGGACCAGCAGCAGUACGACACCGAGUACAACCUGGACAGCUUCAUGCACUCGCUCAACUAACACACCGGCAACGUCUCCUCAGCGUUGCCCUCCCCCGUUUGUUUCAACCUGGAUAGUACCUCCAGCAACGUCCCAUCAACCUCUACAUAACGUUACACUCCUGUUUCAACCUGGACAGUAUGACUUGAGUACGAGCUGGACAGCUUUGUGCACUCGCACUACUGACACACCAGCAAGGGCUUUUUAGCGUCAGCCUCCUGUUAAAAGCUGGACACUUCACCGUAUCUGCGACAGACAGCUCAACCUCAAUGGUUACCCCUCUCUUUCCUGCGUCGAUAUCACUGACACUGAGUGUCGCCUGGACAUCUUAACACACUCGCUCCGCUAACUUACCAGCAACGUCUCCACAAGGUCCCCUCAACGCUACCCGCCUGUUUCGACCUGGACAUGUACCUCCAGUAACGUCCAAUCAACCUCUCCGCAACGUCACCUUAGCAUUACCCCAUUUCUUGGGCAGUAUUACGGACUCAGCCCCUUGACAAGAAGGGGAGCUGUGUGUGUGCAUGUGCGCGUGCGUACGUGUGUUUGUACGUACGCAUGGUGUGUGUGCUCUGAAGUCAUGGGUGCUUGUGUGCGUGCAUGUAUAGUACGGUAUGUGUGUCACAGUUUAUGUACAUUAGGGUACAAACAUGCGCACACACACCCUUCCUCUCAGACCACCCUUCCUUCCCUACCUCUACAAAACAAAACAGCCCUGUAAAUACUGAAACACAUUCACACACCAGAUGUAGACACGCUCACACUGACUUCUGAAGACUGGAGUGGAGGGAGGAAGCAUGGCAUUUUUUUCUUCGUUUUUCUUUUUCUUUUUCUUUUUUUUAACUUGGGACAGAAUCGCGUCAAAUCCGUGACUCUUAAGCCCCACAGACUAAGACAACCAAGGACUGUCGUGUGCUCCUGGCCUUUCCACCUCCCGAGGUAUGGGUGGCGGGUUUUUUUACUGCAAUGAAUGGACACGGGACAUGUUUUGAACAGUGUAGGCUCUGCUUUUACCUCAGACGGCCUGUAGUUUGUUGUACUGUGGUUGUUGUUGUGCUUGUGGCAUGUUGCUGGAAGGGUGGUCAGAAAAAGCACACCAACUCACAGUAACUUGAACAGCUUAUUACACCAUGUGGACACCUGUGACUGGAACACGACCUCCUGGCCACAAGGUGGCAGCACCUUGCCUAGCUAUGGAGGGCUCCACUGAACUUGAGAGAGCGCGGUUUUUGUUGAUUAUUACGGUAUAUCCCUACCCCGAUUCAUCAUUCUUAUUCUUGCCAGUCACCUUUCGGUUCUGCUGCUCUGUGCUCCCAGGUUGGAAUAAUAAUUUAAAAAAGACUUGCUGGCCAACACGUCAACUGCAUGGUUGAGAGAUAGACCAUCAGUUCCUCACUGACCCACCUUAAGGAAGAAAUGCACUGCUCAAAGGGCUUACCAGGACAUGCCCACCCUCAAAAUCCCCCCCGAAAAUCAACCCCACACCCCCCACCCCAUCCCUGAACACAACCUAACUUGGCUAGACCCUCAAAACCUUCCUCAUUGCCAGACUUGUACUGUAAAAAAAAAAGUAACAAGUGACUGUGGUCGGUUGAAUCUAUGAGGAAAAAGACAUUUGUUGUAAAUAUACCUGUAAUUUGCCUUUGUAAAAGCUGAUAGAAUGGUAAUAAAUUCUACUGUGCUUUAAAACCUGUGUUUGUUUUUUUGUCGUAAAAGUUGGUCAAUAAAUUCCAACUGUGUAACUCAAUGAGGUCAGGUAGAUAUGAGAAGAUUAGGGUGAUCCUUCGUCAUGGGUUGAUUUACGCUCUCGAAGUAACUAGGUCAAAUCAUAUUUAGGAAGGCUGUAUAUUAUAGAUUUAAAAGGCUGACCGGUACACUUGUCAUCCGAGGUGUGUGUUAUGGCUGUAAACAUGUGAUCAGUGAAAUAUAGUCAGUUGUUAAUGACUUAAGGCCAUCAUGUUAUCAGUAAACUUAGGUCACGACCGUCACGCAAUCUGUUUCCUUGUCACUGUGUAAACU